AUGGAUAUAUCAGAGUUAUACACAUCUUGGGGAAUAAGACUAAUAGAUCCAGAAGAAAAACGAUUUGCACCCAUGGAAGAAUGCCCAGAAUGCAAACAGAAAUUCACUUGUCUCGGCAUCAUGAAAUUGCAUAUCUGCCCAAAACUUGAAAUGGAAACUUAUAAACCUGGGAAUUUUGAAACUAAUUACUAUAAAGGCGGCGCUGCAGCAGAAGAAAUGCAAGGCUUGAAAUUUUCAAAGCCCCAAAUCAAGCCUAAAGGAAUUUUCUGUCCAAAUUGCCAAGAAGGCUUCACAGAGUCUACAGAGCUUAUUUCGCAUUUUCUUACAGCCCAUAGUGAUAACAAUAAUAAAAGCAAGCCUUUACCAAUAAGCAAUUUCAGCAGAGUGGAAGAAGAAAGCAUUGAAGCAUUUGAUCAGUGAUUUUUGUGUAUGGACGAUUACGAGGAGCCUCAAGUUUAUGACACUGAAGCCAUAGAAAACAAUUGAAUUUCAGAGAAAAAAAUGUUGGAGGGUGAUAUAAAUGACACCCUUAUGAAUAGUAGAGAAAUAACUUUUCCUCGAAAGAGAGGAAGACCAUGCAAAGACGCAAGCUUAUUUGUUGAUAGAUCUAUGAAGCCAAAAAGCGAUAUUGCAGCCAUUUUUGAUUCGCUGGCAAGCAAAUCUGCUUUAAUGAAGAAGAAAAAAUAA